UUUUUUUUAAGAAAAUCAUUCUUCCCAUCAGCCCACCAACCUGGGAUGAUGUCCCCAUUUCACAGAGGAAGAUACUACUGUGUCUCAGAGGCUCUCCCGGGCCCCAGCUUCCCCAGGAGCACCACCCGCCAGCUUCUCCCCCAGGAAAGCAGCCACAGACCCUGCCCAGCUGUGGUCCCUGGAGUGUUUACUGUGUCGGCUGGACCAGGCGGGCGGGGGCGGACAAAGUCCGGGGAAUAUAAAGGUCUGGCAGCAGCGUCCGGUCAGUCACAGCUCAGAGCACAAGGAGCACAGCUUUGCCCGGGCAGGGCCCCAGGACACCGCGCUGCCCUGAUGCUGUUGAUGCUGCUGACGCUCUCCUGGCUGCCGUCGGGGGGCGCCCUAUCUCUUGCCCAGGAGCACCUCCCGGUCCUCCCGGAACCCUCACACGCACACUCCAGUCCGAAUAUCUCCAGAUCCCAGGAGCUGAGGAAACGCUACGAAGAUUUGCUGACCAGGCUUCGAGCAAACCAGACAUGGGAAGACUCGAACCCUGACCUCAUCCCUGCCUCUCACGUCCAGAUACUCACCCCAAAGCUGAGACUUGGACCAGGCGGCCACCUGCACCUGGGCAUCCCCCGGGCCAACCUGACUAAGGGGCUCCCCGCAGCCUCCCGCCUGCAUCGGGCCCUGCUCAGGCUGUCCCCGACGGAGUCGGGCUCGUGGGAUGUGACGCGGCCGCUGCAGCGUCAGAUCGGCUUCGGUGUCUCCCGGGAGCCCGCACUGCCUCUGCACUGGCUGCCGCCAUCUGACCGGUUGCUGGCGCCCGAGGGCGUCCCUGCGCCGUGCUGCGUGCCCGCCAGCUACGAGCCCGUGGUGCUCCUGCACCGGGACAGCGAGGGCCGCGUGUCGCUCACGCCCUACGACGACCUCGUGGCCAGCGACUGCCACUGCUUGUGAGCGGACCGAGACCUUCAUCGACGGCCGUGCUCAGCGGAGGGGACCUCAGUCCUUGCCUGUCCAAUGGAAUGGGCUAGUGGGACCUGAAAUAACAAUUAUAGCCACUGCUGUCUGCGGCCUGCCGCCAAAAACAAAGUUUUUAUAAGUUGAUAUUUAUUAUUAAUUUAUUGGGGUGACUGGCCUGCGGACCAGAGAGCUGGGGAGGGCUGAUCCAGCAGGGUGUACGUUUAUUUAAACUGUAGUAAUAAAAAUGAAUUUGUGUGACCUGGCUCCUGUGAUGCGUGAGCUGGGGACCUUGGGAAGAGCCUGCCCCUCCCUGGCCUCAGUUCCCACAGGGGACCUAAGAGAGGGGUGAGUGGAAGGGGCAGUGAAUGGGCAGCAGGGCGUUCUUGGAGCUGACGGGCAAUUGGACGGUGCUAGUGACCCUCCAAGGGCAGCCUGGGACGUCCCUGCCUCCAUGCUUGUCUAGCUCCAUGUCUCUGGGUCAGUUUCCCUCUAUCUCCUCAUCUCUCAGGGCUCCUGUUUCUGGACGAGUUAAGAUAUCAGUAUAUUAGAGCUAAAACAGACUUAGAGCCCAGCGAGUGUGGCGCAGUGGUUGGGCAUUGACCUAUGAACUAGGGGGUCAUGGUUCGAUUCCUGGUCAGGGCACA